CUAGGGCAAUCUAAACCGUAUUUCAAGUGUUGACACUCAAUUGUGAUGGAGAAGUCGGUAGAAGGACUGAGUUUAAUUGAAAGUUUUUUUAAUGAAUUUAAUAAUGAAAGUUCUCCAGGAUCAGAUGAAUGUGUACAGCAUCGAUUUAGAUUCAUUGGAAGUUUUCGUCUUAAGCCAGAAGAUGUGGAAGGAGAAGUUUUCGACUGGGUAAUGCACUAUUUGGAGAAAAGGAAAUGCCCCCACUCCCUGGCUGUUGUCCUAUCUAGAGCAGUGACAGAGGAAGUAAGUCAUGAGCCAGAGCUUGGUAACUUUCAAACAGCUGAAAACCCUAUAGAUGAAUGUGAAACCCAUUUAAUUGAUGCAGUUCAACUUCAUUCUCAAGUCAUACAGUUAUUGCAUGAACUGAUUCAGUACUGGGAAGAGAAAUACCAAGAAAUGGCUAGCACCACAGUUUGGCCCUGCUCUCCCAUCUAUAAUGUUUCUGUUUGUGCCAUUAAAAACACUCGCAGAAAAAUGGAGGAUCGCCAUGUGAUUCUGCAUGAUCUCAAUGUUGCUUGUGAUCUCCAGAAGGAUGUACCACACCACAGUUAUUAUGCUGUAUUUGAUGGACAUGCUGGAACAGAAGCUGCCAACUUCGCUGCAGCUCAUCUUCACUGGAACAUAGUUCAACACCCUGCCUUCUUUACAGAUACUCAAACUGCAAUAAAAGAAGCCUUCAAGAUUACAGACAAACUCUUUCUUGAGAGGGCCUUUCGAGAGGGUAUGAAAAGUGGGUGUACAGCAGUUUGCUGUCUUGCACGAGAAAAAACUCUUUAUUUGGCUUGGCUUGGAGACUCGCAAGCUAUUGUUGUGCGUCAGGGUAUACCCUUAGAGAUUAUGUCUCCCCACAAGCCAGAUCGAGAGGAUGAAAGACACAGGAUAGAGAACGAGGGAGGUUGUGUUCUAUUCAUUGGUACAUGGAGAGUAAAUGGAACAUUGGCUGUGUCCAGAGCACUUGGUGACCCAGAACACAAGCCUUGUGUCAGUUGUGAACCUGAUGUUAUCACUGUCAACUUGGAUGGUACAGAGGAUUUUCUUGUCCUUGCUUGUGAUGGUUUAUGGGAUAGGAUGACACCUUCAGAUGUGAUUAAAUUUGUUUAUCAUUAUGUCAAGGAAACUCCCAAUAAUCUUGAAAGUUUAGCCUCUCAAUUAGUGCACCAGGCUAAAGACAAAGGCUCAAGUGAUAAUAUAACUACAAUUGUUGCAUUUCUUAGAGAUCCAGCAGAUUUGGCUAAUAGCCCUAUGCCACCAAUACCCAUUAUGUUUCCUCAGCUUCAAGGAGAAGUAGGUACCAUCAAUGGUACCACUAUUUCUUCAGGUACUACAGUGUCUGGUCAUGUUUCAGAAUUAUGGGAAAAUGUUCACCAGUACCAAUCACAGAAUAAUCAAUGUAAAAUAAAAUCACAGUCUAAGUUAUCUAUAUGUGACAAAAUUAAUACUAAUGAGCCUGAAGAAAUAUAUCAGUGUAUUGAUACAAGUGAUAUUCCUGAAAGAACUGAACUAGGUGAAGUGCCUACCCCACCUAUAAAUGAAGUAAUGAAUAUAGAGCAAUUUGGAAUGUAUUCAGAGGAAGUAGAAAAGGCAAUAAAUAAAGUACCUCAAAAAUUUGAUGCCUCUUUUAUUCUAGAUCCUGGUAUAGUUAAUAUCCAGCAAACACCAGCUAAAGAGUCACCAGAAGUGGAUGCUAUUAUGCCUGAUAAUCAUGUCUAUGUCAAAGAAGUAGCAAAUGAAGUGGUGAAUUUGGCCAUUGAGUCAGCUGUUGAUGAAGUUCAAAGGAAAGAGACAGAAAUGUCCAUCACUACCACUGAGAAUGAUAAUUCAGGUGAACAAAAUUAUAUGAACAAAAUGGAAUUUUCCAGUGGCCAGUUUCAAGCUGUAUCUGAGUUGGAACAACCCUCCCAACAAACUCCACAAAGCAAAGAAUGUGACCAAUCUGGUAUGAUACUUUUCAGUGCAGAGGAUCCAACAUUCACUUCUAAAUCAGGGCAACAAUCAUCCAAUUCUCUACCAGAAUGUCACCAAACACUUAAUCAAGACCCAAGUUCAAUGUCAGAAUUGGAACAACCAGGGUCAACAUUACAAAAUGAAAUGGAGCAAUCUAAUCCAACUCAUCAACCAAGUGCUGAGCAACUAUCUGAAAAAGAAGAGUUUACUCCUACAUCACCACAAGAAACAGAUCAAUCAAUGUAUGCCUCACAGAAACCUGAACCAGAAAACUCUUCACACCUUCAACCAAAACAAGCAUUACCCAUUCUGCUUGAAGCUAAGCAGCAUGUAUAUGUUCCACAGUCUAAAAUAGACGUUGUUCCAGUUGGCAGUCAACUUGAAAAUUCAGCAAAACAGAGAACAGAACCAAUUGGGCCUUGUCAAUCUGAAACUGAAUUAUUGUUUCCUCAAACUACUAAUCAUACAACUGUGAAGAUUUCACCACCAGAAAUAGUUGAGGACAAGAGUGUAUUGGAACUAUUAACAACACAGCAAUUAAUUGCUUCUAACUUUCUUGUAGAACCACAAAAUAAAACAGAUGGUAUGGGCAAACCAUGUACUUUUCCAGUAGGAGGGUUUUUCAUGACUCCAGAGAUAUAUGAUGAAAUAGAAUUAUCCAAAGACACUCCAACAGAUGAAAUAGGGGCAGGUAGUGCAGUUGUUGAGCUUGGAGCCAUCCCAGACAGUGUGCCAGAAGCUGAAGGAGUUACAGAGGAUGUUGAUUCUGACUCUGAGAAGGAUGGAGGAUGGAAAUAUGUUAAAGGUGAUCAGAAGUCAGAGCUAAUUUCAUUUCAAAGGAAUGAAGAAAGAGAAAAGGUUGCAUCACAUAUGCUUGGUACCACUUCAAAACCAAUUUCUAAACUUAACACAAAGCCUAACAAAUUAUCUCAAGAAAACAAGUCAAAGUUAAGGCAGUUAACAAUCGGUGAAACUACAAAGAAACCUAGUUCCAUAUCAAAACCAGAGAAAAUUAAGGAUGUUCAACAAGACAAAGCAAAAACAUUGGUAAAAGUAGGUAGUACUGCAAAAACGCUUCUUAGCAAAGAACACAAGCCAAAAUUAAGUACCAGUACAAUCCCAAGACAAGGUCAUAUACCUCUUGUAAAGAAAUCAGCUGUAACUUCUGUUUCUGUUCCAUCUACCAAAAGAUCUGUUACUAAACCAGAUGUUUCUAUGAACAGCAAGCCAAGUCAGCAACCACCUAAACAGAGGCCUUCAUCUGCACAGCAAUCCAGUCCAACUAAUGCACAAAAGCACAGAGAAUCAUCAUCAUCAGUAAAUUCUUCUAAUAAGCCAUCAGGAGGACUAGUUUCUACUCCCAAAACAGUAAGCCAGAAAUCAAUGACUCUUCCUCGUAGAACUCAGUCUAGACCACCAGUAAUAAGCAAAGAAUCUGAUGUAUUAAAAUCUUCAACUCUGAACAAUUCUGCUUCACUUCCCAGACACUCAGCUCAGUCUCUAACAAGGCCUUCUAUAACAUCUUCAAGAUUGCAACCAAAUUCUGGAAGACCUGUUACUAUGGCAUCUCAUCCAAAGAGUACUUGUAGAUCUCCUAAUUCUACAACUGAAAAGCUUGAACAAACCAAGAAUACACCAAUGAAUGGAACCAACACCAGUGUAGGAGUAAAAAAGGCUAGGCCAAAUUUAGCCACUGUACAGAGAUCACAUUGUACAACUAAACAAAGCAAAGAGUCCAUCAACAAAGAGAUUUCUACUGUUGCUUCAGGAAAACAACAAAUUUCAAACAUCAAAUUGAAUGAAAGGCCCAAAACUGCUUCUGGUUCAUCUAAUACUAAAAAGGCUAACACAUUACAAGCUUCAGGAACUGGUACACUGAAGACAACCUCACCUUCUAAACCUAGUUCUCAAGGAAAGACUUCCAAAGCUGUUUCAAAAGAUAAGAAAACUUUAAAAACAGAUUCUACAGCCAAGCAAACAGCUUCGGAAAAAAAUAGUCCAAUAGGAGCUAUUAAACCAGCAGAGAAAACUCAUUUUAGUACCAUGCCAGCUACUGAUCAGGAAAAAGGGUCUCUUGAAGAGCACUUAAAAGAAGCCAGUCUGGAGAAGGUUGAGAUUAUUACACUUCCUUCCAUGCUGAGAGAGGAAAGUUCUGCAACUGUGGUUCAGGAAGUUUCAUUUGAGGAAGAAAACUAAGCCAUAAAACAUGACAAAAAUACAGAAAUAUAAUUAUUUGUGUAUUGUUCAGAGGACUUGUGUACAGUGAUGGUCAGCUUUGCUAGUCAUAAAGAAUGUCCCAGCCCUUGCAUUGCAUACUGCCUAUUCAAUUUACAAGGAAUAACAGGAGAUCAGAGGGCAAAUAAAGGGGCUAUGACAGAGAAAGAUUUUAAAUGCCUAAAGUAUGUGGGAGUUAAUAAGAUUUUUAUUUUAUUUUUGUUCCCAAUUGUGAGACUUUUCCUUUGUCAUACUAAGUUUAUGUAAAAGAAAGCAGCUGAGUGAAAAGCAUUAAGGGAUAAUGAUUUCAGUUUUACUAAAUUAGCCAAGGAAAAAUUUGUUUCACAUGAGUAAACAACUACAUGAUUCAUACUUGAGAGCAGUUUCCAUUUCUUAAAAUUUGAACCUGAUUUCAAAAUAAGCUUAAUGAGUUUGAAAUAUUCCUUACUAAAUGAAUGGUUUUUGAAAAUUGUAUUUCAUUUUUAUUGUACAUUUUAAAAAUAUAACUAAGGCACACUGGGUGAUAAAUUACUAUGUUUUAGUUUAUAAAAAUAUUUUUGAAAACCAAAAAUAGUGCUCUGAUAUGGAUUUUAAAUUUUUUUUUUUGAAAAUUCACUAGGAAAUAGUUGAAGUUUCUCAUAUUUUACAUUUUAGAAGUAUAUUUAAAAGUCAAGAGAAACUAUUUAUAUGCAUCUUAUGUUCAGAUUUUCUGAAACUUGCAGAAAUAUUUUUAUGCUUCAUACGAUUUUUUUUUUUUUCUUUUCAAAGAUGGUUUCCCAAGUUGAUAAUGAACCCUCUUUGGGAUGAGAUAAUUAAGUAGUUAUAAAGCUGAUCAGUGUGAAGCAUAUCAGAAUCCUAGAAAAGCAUUUAGGAUUUGCAUUAAAUAACGUUUUAUUAUAUUAAAUUUUCAUCAUGUUGACUAAUAUUGUAUGUGUAUUUUUAUUUCCCCAGAAUAACACCUUGUUUUGAAUUGCUAUUUUUAUAGCUCAUACUUCAAAAAGAAAAACUGGAAACAAUGUUUUUUCCAACUAAAUAAAAAUUAUGUGCCAUAAAUAACUGAUUACUUUAAAUCUAGAUUUCAAAUAAAUGUAUGUGACAUUUUGUAUUUUGAUAUUCAACUUUCAAUCAAAAUGAAUUUAUAGUGAUAAACUGCCAUCUUUAUUCUUGAACAAAAGUUUGAUGAAUGAAAAAAGUUAUAGUACUAACCAGUAUAGCAAAUUUUUGUAUUGGUGCUACUUACACACACAAGUUUCUUAGUGUUUUUUUAGAUAAAAGAAUAUUAUUAUUUAGUUUGAUGUUAACGCAUAAUACGUGCCUCGUUUCUUUAUUAAGUAAACUGAACUAUAAUUGGUAAUGAAUUGGUAUGAGCCGUAGGGUUAAAACAACUGAAAGAUGUUAGAAAGUAGAAGAUUACUGCAGUAGUAAGAGUUGUGUACUCCAAAAGAGAAAUGAAUGAUUUAAAAGCAACUUUCAACCAUUUAAUUUCUACCAUAUUUAAGUAAUUAACUUUAAGUAUUCAUUAAAAUCAUGUAGAGAAAUUACCCUAUUCUUAAUUUUUCUUAAAGAUGCAGCUAUAUUUAUUUUUAACAUGUGUACAAGUGCCCUUAGUUAAUGUCAUUAAUUACAUGAGAUAAAGACUUCAUGAUAUGGAAGUGAAGACUUUUUUUAUAAUAUAUAGUUUUUAACAGAUAAAUUCUUAGAAGACUUUACAUUAUUAAAAAAAAUCAUUUAUUCGUUUUGCUAAAUGUGAACAUGUUAAAAACGUAAUAGCCUUUAAAUCUAUGCUUUUUAAAUUGCACGUUUUUUUUCUUUCUAUUCCACGAACUUAUAGUAAAGUGUUUCUAAGGUAAGUGUACCUGUUGCACUGAUCAGUAAAAUCACAUCUCAUAAUCCAUUGCUAUCAAAAGUACAAAUAUGUUAAUUAUCUAUGCAAAAAGUGGAUUAUUUUGAAGUCACAAAUCCGUUUUUUAUUUGAACAGUCUUGAUAUUUAUAUUUAGUUUCUAUUUUAUGUUUUGUAGUAUAGUUUACUAAGACUAUGCAAGGUCUGUCAUUUAGGGUGAGUUGUGUGUCAAUAUAUUUCUCACAAAUAAAAAUCAGUUCUGGGGCUGUAGAAUAGUGUUAUCUCCCUCUGUAAUCUUUGGCUCUAUGUUGUUAUUUGUCAUAAUAAUGCAUUUUUCAAUAAAGAGUGUUUGAUCUUGUGGUCUUUCAAUUGUUAUA